AUGUUGUUUCUCUUUGUUCUCUCAUCAUUUUUUGUUAUAAUACGAACAGUUCAAAAUUAUCAAACAGAUUUCACGACUAUCUUUACCACGAAUAGAUUGCCAUGGAAUGGCUCCGUACUCGACUAUCGUAUGAUGCCUUAUGUUGGCAAUGGCCAUGUGGCUACCGUUGUCUUUAGUGAUUUCAUCUAUAUGAAUGGUCUCUACAAUGGCGAUAAUGGUACAAGCCAUCGAGCUCGAAUUACAAGUACUCUCAAUUGGCAAUUUUUAUUUCAUCCUUCAAUUUCCAUAUUUUCACUGAAUGUUUCAUCUGGUACAUUUACUGAGAUACUCGAAAACGAUGAAGUUCGCAUUGAACAACGUAUUUUUACAUCACAAGAAUACACUGAAUUGUUAAUUUCACAUGUUGUAAUCACUCGUUUGGCAUUCAACGGACGAAAGAUCCUCGUGCCCACCAGAAUCAAUGAACAAGUGGCCAGUGAUGAUAUUGAUUUUGUAGUUGCAGCUCGCAAUAAACAAUAUGUACUACUCUCUGGCAAGACUCGUCAAUUAGAAAAUAAUCAAUUUCAACAGGAACAACUACCCGUAUUUGUCUAUUACACACCAUUACCUGUAAAUGGUUUUGAACUGGAUCCACAAGAAACAAGCCGAACAUAUCUUUUUGUUACAUCCAUUGACAGUGAACAGGCACGAGCUAAACGAAGUUUUGAAUAUGCGUCUAAUGAACGUCAUCCAGACCAAAUAUGGUCCUCGCAUGUAUCUCUAUGGAAUGAUGUGUGGUCAAAUGGACGUGUCGAAAUAGUUGGUGAUGAUGAAUUACAACGACAAAUUAAUUCUGCUUUCUACUAUAUACUAAGUUCUCUCCCAUCAUUGUCUACGCGAAGUGAACACAAGCAAUUCUAUGGUCUCAGCCCAGGAAGUCUUUCUCGUGGUGGUCUUGUAGGUGAAGAUUACGCUGGUCAUUCCUUUUGGGAUACUGAAACAUGGAUAUAUCCAUCAGUUCUUCUCUUCUAUCCCAAUUUGGCCAAAGAAAUGCUUUCAUAUCGAAUAGCUCUACGCGAUUCAGCCGCCGACAAUGCCCGUUUAUUCGGUUAUGAAGGCUGGAGAUUUCCAUGGGAGAGUGCACGCACCGGAGUUGAUGUUACGCCAUAUGGUUAUCUUGAUAUUGCAACCUAUCAACAACAUAUCACUGGAGAUAUUUCAUUUGCCGCACGGCAAUAUAUCGCUGCAACAGGCGAUAGAAAAUGGUUAAUGUCUGAAUACGGAGGAGAUCUUGUCUAUGAGACAGCUCGAUUUUGGGCAUCGCGAGUUGUGUACAGUAAUGAGAAGAAAAAAUAUGAAAUUUUGAGUAAGUUUUUGUCUGAUCUCAAUACAUUUUCACAUCGGAUUUAUACAGCCGUAUUGCCACCUGAUGAAGAUGCACGACCAUUUAAAAACAAUUCAGUAUUUACAAAUGCAGUGGCUUCAUAUUCCAUUCAAUUGGCUCAUCGAGUUAGUUGUAUCACUAAAAAAGUUGUACCUCAGCAUUGGCUUGAUAUUGCAUCCAAUUUAUAUUUUCCUUUUGAUAAUGCAACUCAAACUCAUCUUGAAUAUGAUGGAUUCGAUCUGAAGAAUACAAUUAUUAAACAAGCUGAUGUCGUCCUUCUUGGAUUUCCUCUAAUGUGGCCAAUGAACAAAGAAGUACGACGCAAUGAUCUGUUAUUCUAUGAACCACUUACUCGUGCUAGUGGACCUGCUAUGACCUGGUCGAUGCAUACAAUUGGAUUUCUCGAAUUGAAUGAUUUUGAUAAAGCUCAGCAAGUUUUUCGACGUGCUUAUGAAACAUAUAUAUGGACCGAAAUUCCCGAGGGUUUAGGUGCUGUCAAUUUCAUCACAGGUGCUGGUGGCUUCUUGCAAGCUGUUAUUUUUGGUUAUGGUGGCAUUCGUCUCACAUUGGAUCAACUUGAAGUGAUGCCGCCACCUCGUUUACCCAACCAAGCUAAAAAGCUUAUUUUUCAUGGUCUUAAAUAUCAUGGAGCAAUUCUCGAUCUAACAAUUGACAAUCAGAACUACCAUAUUGAUGUACGUAAGAUGGAUACCAAUAUUUCCAUGUCUCUCGUGUAUGAAUACGAACAAGAACAGUUUCCAUUAACGAACAAUAUUCGUCUUUCAUACCCGAUUAAUACGCGUCUCGUCAUUCGUCCAUCAAUGCAUCUUUGUGCUUGA